GAAUUUUCCAUGCAAUCUUUUGGCUCGGUAGAGCCUACCUCGCUGUCAUUUGACUACUCUUGAGGUACGAUCUUUGCGAUUUUCAUCUUCUCGAAUCACAACUUUUCAAAGAAACAACUAAAAUACUGAUCACCAUACCGUUUUCACACUUCAAUAAUUUAUGCUUUUCAUCAAGAUCGAAGUUGGAAAUUAAUUUGAUUUGUUAGAAUUAACAGAAGGUCAUCAAGACCCGAGAACGCAUCACCAUGACUUCCGAAGACAACCACAAAAAUGAAACCCAGAUCCCAGCCAGAUUUCGAAUCUUGAUAUACGCAGUAGAAAGAGGAAUCACACAGAUCGCAUUCAUGCAAGCCUACAGCGAAAUACUUUCCAAUGUUGAGGAAACAGAGAGCGACACAUCACCAGAGAUGCGGCAAUCGAUGGUCGAGUGCCGUGUCUGGACGAAGUUCUGUAUGUAAUCCAACUAUCUCAAUUUUUGAUGAAUGCAUCUGAUAAAUCAUGCAGUCCCCCACGAGAAUCCUCCACCGCCACUCGAAUUUCCAGUCGCAAAGGGAUUUUUCGACCCGCCAGUCUCCCGGGAAGCAGUUGAGCAAUAUCGGAUCUGGCAGACAAGUUAUCUCUAUAGUCACCAAGGACAAGAGGGAAAUAGCGAACAACUGUAUAAUCAGAUGGAGCGGGGUAGACAUCGUCGCCCAAUUCCUGAUAGCAUGGAUGACUCGACCAUCACGCCAAGAGUUGAUAAUGCUAGAGCAAGUAUGCCAAACCAGUCAAUUUAGCCUUCGAGAUCUACAUCUUCGAUAAAUGCCGGUUUCAAUCAACAACUCGACGAUGAAUAGCCAGAAGCAUCA